AUGGCAACACCCAGGGGCACAGCGGCCCGCCUGCGGCGCACAUUCCACUAUCCCACGGACGACGACUCCGCAGACUCCCAAGCCGAUGUCAUGGACGAAGAAGAACAAGAAGUCCUCAUCCAGCGCCUCGCAGACGAAAACGCCGCCCGGAACGCUCAGUUCAACACCUUCCUCAUCGCCCUCCCCCUUCUGACGACGAUCCCCUACCUUAUCUCGCUCUUCCGCCUUUCCGCGCCUUUGACUUCCCUGCUGUCAAUCACGUCUCUCCUCUCGACCGCCUUCCUCCUGCACACACAGCCCCCGGACGUCACUGGCAUCGCCCUCCUCGACGCCUGGUCCCACCCCAAGACGCCGCGCGGCAGCCCCUCCUCCUCUCUCGCCUCUUCGACCUCGUCCAUCUCGGGCGCGUCGUCGUCGUCAUCGUCAUCGUAUCAGCCAGUUCGUACCCCAGGCCGGACGAGGCGCAGGAGGAGCUCCUUCUCGCUUGUCAAGGACCAGAAGUCACCGCUGGAGACGUAUCUACCCUACCUCAACCUGGGGCUCUGCGCCGUGCUCGUGCUGACGGGCUUCGUGACGAGGUCGGGCGAGAGACAUGCGCUCGGCCAGGUCGGUCUGGGAAACUUGCCGGCCAUCGUGUACGUCGUGACCCUUAUCGCCAAGGUCGUCAUGGGCAGUGUGGAUCCGGAGAAGGAGUUGGCCGCGCUCAAGUACGACUUGAAGGGCGUGUGA